GACGUUUGUCGCAGAACAUUACGUCACUCGUUCAAUAUGGAGGAUGUGUAAGGUAGUUUCGUGUGGAACUUCGAAACAAAAAACCGCGUCUUGCACGUCGUAAAAAUGGGUGACGGUGUAACAGCAAAAACAAACUCUUCCCAGCAAAACGAACCGACGAAGAAAGGGUGGCUCUUCAAGUGGACUAAUUAUUUGAAAGGUUAUCAAAGAAGGUGGUUCGUGCUUCAGAAUGGACAUUUGUCCUACUACAGGGCCGAAAACAACGGAGGUGUUCCCACCCUAUCGAUACGUAGGCGCAGAAGAUUCAGACAGGGAUUUUUUCGCAAGAGGAACCAGGCGGAAAUGGCGCACACCUGCAGGGGUAGCAUCUCGCUGUACGGCGCGGUCAUUCACUCGGUCGACUCCUGCACGUUCGUCAUCUCAAACGGGGGCACCCAGACGUUCCACAUCAAGGCCAAUUCGGAAAAAGAACGCCAAGCGUGGCUCAACGCGCUAGAGUUGGCCAAGGCCAAAGCGAUCGCGAUCGCGGAAUCGGAGGACGAGGAGGCCGAGGUCGAGGAACUGGGACCGUCUGAGGAGGCCGCAAUCGUCGGCAAAAUGGCGGCGCAGCUGAGCGCCAUGGAGAAAUGCGGCGAGCGGCUCGGCAAAAGCUGGAGUAAUCUGGCAACGCCGCUCGCGGAUAUCGAGCAGCCCCCGGACGGGGAAACCGCCCAACUCCCCAGAUACAAAGAACUGUCAGAGAAGGCGGCGCUGUUCAGGAUUGCCGCCAACUCCAUGAUCAACGCCUGCGCGGAGUAUCAGAAAACGGCGCAGGAACACGGCCACAAGCUGGUCAAGUUGCUUCAGCACGAGCGCGAGCAGCGGCAGAGGCUGCAGGAAAUGGUGGAAACGUUGGCCGAGCAGCAUUCGAAGUUGGAAAAAGCGGCCAACGCGCACACGCACAGACCCACAGUUAGCGAGAACGAGGAGGAAGACGACAACGAGUUCUACGACGCGGUAGCGGAAAGCGGCGGCCCCCAGCCCUCCGACGAACAUUUCACGUUAGACAUUCGUACACGCACGGGGGUGAGACGGAACAGUUCGGAUAGUUCGAGCGAGGCGGAAGAAACGCAAGAAACCAAGCAGGUGGUGGUGGUGACCGGCGGGAAACAUCCGCAGUACCUGCACAAGGACGUCGGCAGUAAUGAAAAUAACGUUUCGACCGCGGUGGCGCACCUCAAAAGCAGCAACAGGAGCAGGCGGCAGAGGCGGACCCGCGUGCCGGAGAAACCGAACUAUCCGCUGAACUUGUGGAGUAUCAUGAAAAAUUGCAUCGGCAAGGACCUGUCGAAGAUACCGAUGCCGGUCAACUUCAACGAGCCGCUGUCCAUGUUGCAGCGCCUGACCGAGGACUACGAGUACGCGGACAUAUUGGACCGCGCGGCGAGUUGCAGCGAUCCUUGCGAGCAGCUCGCUUACGUCGCUGCCUUCACUAUAUCGUCCUAUUCGACGACCGCCAAUCGUACCGGUAAACCGUUCAACCCGCUACUGGGUGAGACGUACGAGUGCGACCGGAUCGACGAUUUGGGUUGGCGUUGCUUCAGCGAGCAGGUUUCCCAUCACCCGCCGAUCGUCGCGCAGUACUGCGAGGGCAGCGAGUGGAACUGCUGGCAGGAGUUCACAAUGACCAGCAAGUUUAGGGGCAAAUACUUGCAGGUUAUCCCGUUGGGCAGCGCCAGCGUCGAGUUUCGUGGCAACGGGCACCGGUUCUCGUGGCGCAAAGUGACCACCACCGUUCACAACAUCAUCGUCGGUAAACUGUGGGUGGAUCAGCACGGUGACAUGGAGAUAACCGGCAAGGGCGCUGCCAAGGGCCUCAACUGUCAGCUAAAAUUUAUACCGUACUCGUACUUUACGCGGGACUCGCAGCGUCGCGUCAAAGGCGUCGUCAUGGACAACGGUAACGUCAAAUGGGUGAUCAACGGCACUUGGGACAACGAGGUGGAGAUCGCGCCCGUGACGGGUAACACCGGCACCCCGAACAACCCCGUGUAUCAGACGGGGGCGCCGGUACUGGCGUGGAAACGUAACCCCGUGCCCGACGACUCUGAACGCAUGUACAACUUUACGUACCUCGCGUGUCAACUGAACGAACCGGAAGAGGGCGUGGCGCCGACGGACUCGCGGCUCCGCCCCGACCAGCGUCUGAUGGAGAACGGACGGUGGGACGAGGCGAACAAGGAGAAGCUGCGCAUCGAGGAGAAGCAACGGUCGGUGAGGCGGAGAAGGGAGGCAGACGCGGAAAGGGCGGCGGCCGAAGGCCGUCCGUACGAGCCGUACAAGCCGUUGUGGUUCGAGCAGAAGACGGAGGGUGACUCUGACGUGAUAACGCACGUAUACAAGGGCACGUACUGGAAGUGCAAGGAGGAGCAAAAUUGGUCGGCGUGUCCAGACAUCUUCUAAACUAUGUAAUGAAAAAAAAAAGUUCCAUUUGUUGACAAUUUAGGUACAGGUUAAUAAUUUAAUCAAUAAUAAUUAUCUCGAACUGUGAACCGUUUUUUGUAAAGUACAGUUGAUACUUUUGAGGUUAAGCGUAAUAAAUAUAGAUACCGUUAGAGGGGGCAGUUAUACAAUUCGGUACCUAAGUUUCGCCGGUUGAAAUUAUCAUUAUUUUUCUGAUUGAUUUAAUCGUUUGCUCCCGAAAGGCCGUAGGAGGUUGGUUUUUCGCGUUGUUUUAUUCUUUGUUAGCUGAUCAUCGCCAUUGGAGACGGUGGUAAAGGUUUCUUUAGGCAACGGGUGGACGGUCCAUGUACCAUCGGUUUUCUUUUUAAGGAAUGUGAUUUAUUGUAAUAACCACAGUAUGUUGUAACCCUUAUUCCGUUUCAGUUUCUUUUGUAUAUAUUGCGAGAUAUAUGAAAGUUAUAGCGCUUUUCCUAAUGUGAUAAUGUAAAUAAACGUACAUUGCUUAAA